GGAGAGGUGAAAGUGGAAAGAGGCUAGCAGCAUGGUGUUGAUUAGCAAACUUGUGAUCUGAUUAUUAAUUUAAAACCCAAAAGGAAAUAUGGAAGGAGUGGAAAAAGCAGAAGAGCUUAUUAGUAAGCAGCAUCGGAAAGAGAAGAAAGAUUUACAAGCUAAGAUCCAGAGUAUGAAGAACGCUGUGCCCAAGAAUGACAAAAAGAGGAGAAAACAGCUUACUGAAGAAAUCGCAAAGCUGGAAGCUGAGCUGACACAAAAACACGAAGAAGAGCUGAAACAGCUGAAGGAUACUGUGGCUACAGACACGGAAGACGUGGCUGCUAAUGGACUAGAAAACCUGGUCUUAGACAGUGAAGAGCAAAAAGAUGUUAAGCAAACUCGAGUUUCCAAAGCCCAGAAGAGAAGGGACAAGAAGGCAGCUUUGGAAAAGGAGCGGGAGACCAGAAUUGCAGAAGCUGAAAUUGAGAACCUCUCAGGAUCCCGACACCUGGAGCAGCAGAAGCUUUCCAAGAUGCUGGCCGAAAGGCAGCUGCAAAUCAAGCACAUCCCCUCUGACGGGCACUGCAUGUACCGGGCAGUGGAGGACCAGCUGCAGGAGAGAGGCGGCUCCUACAGCCUGGAGCAGCUCCGAGGUCGCACUGCUCAAUACAUGCGAAGUCACAUCGAUGACUUCCUGCCUUUCCUAACCAACCCGAACACAGGCGACAUAUACACACCAGACGAGUUUGAGAAUUACUGUAAUGAUGUGGCCAACACAGCAGCCUGGGGAGGACAGCUAGAGCUGCGAGCUUUGACACACAUUCUUCAGAUGCCAAUAGAGGUCAUCCAAGCAGACUCCCCUGUAGUAGUUAUUGGUGAUGAAUAUGAGAAAGCCCCAAUUACUCUAAUAUAUAUGAGGCAUGCAUAUGGACUGGGAGAACAUUACAGUUCUGUAGAGCCCUUAAAGGAAGAAACAAACGAAGAGGAUAGCUGAAACAAAUUCACAUUUUCUUCACUAACAUUGUCCAAUGUUAUGAAGGUACACUCACAACAUAUCACACAUCUUGUCCCAAGAACAGUGUAAAUACUAAAUUUUAAUCGUUAAAAAGGUCAGCACAAUGUGGACACUGUUAGGAGAACAAGAAUGUAUCAUGUAUAUUUAGUACUGUAUUUCAAAUAAGAAGAGAAUGAACCAUGUGAGUAUGUCCCUUAAGUCAGAAAAGGGCUUACUGUUUUUAUUUGGAAUGAAUUUGGAAAGAAAAAGAGACAAAAAUGAAUUUUCUGUCUGCUUUAAUCCUGGCUUGGAAAGAUGGGUUCCUUAAGAAUCACAUGUUGCAAUUAAUAUUUUAGAGUAUUUUGUACUCUGUGUCAUCUUUUAUCCAGUCAUACAUGAUGUAUACCAAUGUUUUAAGGUUGUAUAAAAUAAAAACCUUUAACAUUUC